AAUUCAUAAACCCUUUGCCCUCCCCCGCCGCGACGCCGCCAUCAUCCUUUCACGUAUGGGAUUCUUCGACUUGAACAUAUCUUACCGGGAAUCCGACCGCCAUGCCGUCGACAAACCCUCCCUGAGAGGCCGCCGCUUGAAGCUCGCCCUGAAAGCCAUGGAACUCGGCUACACCGGCGUCGCCUACAAUCGCACCCUCACAGGCGUCAUGUCCGAAUCCGACCGCUGUUCCAUCGUUCUCUUCCCCAUCUCCACACUCACCCCCUCCUCCUCUUCGUUCUUCGCCUCCGUCAAGUUCCACCGCGACAUUCUACACGUCGCCGGUGCAGCCCCCUUCCGCCAGUACACCCGCCUUACCGUCGUCGUCGCUAAUUCCGCCCAGGCUUUGGCUCUUAAUUCCGGUAACCCUGUGCUGCGAAGCUAUGACAUCGUCUCCGUUAGGCCUACUAGACAAGAUGCAUUUGAUCAGGCUUGUCAAAAUUCGGAGGUUGAUAUGAUCUCUAUUGAUUUCUCGAAGAUGGACUCAUUCAGCUUCAGGCUAAGGCAGCCGAUGAUCAAAGCUGCAAUUAAGCGAGGGUUGUACUUUGAGAUCACAUACUCUGAUCUGAUUGGUGAUGCAGAAUCAAAACGAAAAAUGAUAUCCAAUUGCAAGCUUCUUGUUGAUUGGACUCGAGGGAAAAAUUUAAUUAUAUGUAGUGAUGCCUCUUCUGCCUCUGAACUUAGAGGGCCUCAAGAUGUAGCAAAUUUGUUCUUUUUGCUGGGACUCUCUAGAGAACGUGCUAAAGCAGCUCUCUCCUCAAACUGUAGAUCUCUCCUAGCUAAUGCAAUAAGGAAAAAACAUUUUUACAAAGAGGCUGUUAAAGUUGAAGAGAUACCAUCUGGUGGACAAUCCCAUACAUCAAAAUCUGUGUUUGAUGAUUGGCUCAAAUGGGAUCCUAUUUCUAGUGGCCAGGGUGCUGUGCUAUUUGAAGACAUGGAGAAGUCUUUUUCUAUUUCGAAAACUGUAAAAGAAAGUGUGAAAACCAUCAACUUCACCUCAAAUUUGAAUGGCCUGCCUGCACAUGGUUUCCAGAUCAAAGAUCUGGUAUAUGCGAAUAAGGCAUCUUUGGAGCCGUGUGAUGUGGAUAAACGUGCUCUUCCUGUCGUUGAGACUGAGGGGGGUGCUUCAGAUAAAAAGCUUGAAAAGCAGGUUGCUAAAACUUUGCAUGAACAACACCACAGCCUGCUUAAAAAUGAAGAUGGUCCUGGUAACUUGAAUAAUGAACCCGAGGGGGUUGUUGAACUGCCUGAAGGUCAAACGUCACCAUCUGGAAAUAUUUAUGCUAACUCGUACUGUCAAGAUUCAGAAGUUCAAUUGGGUUAUGUUCCGGAUGCAAAACUUGCGCUUCCACCUCUUCUAGGACGUGAUCAAGUUUCCGUUGAUGUUGCACAGGGAGAAUAUCAGAUUUCAGGUUCGGGAGAUUCGUCAACGUUGUCUUUUCCCACUUUCAGUGUUAAUUCCGCAGAUUCUGAAGAAAUUAUAAAGACUUCAAAUGACUUGGAACACAAUACUGUUGCAUCUGAAACCCAAAUAAAAGAUCCCCCAUCCCCUGUCCAGCAAGGAAACUUUUUACAUAGUGGUGGACAAGUUCAUAUCACAAAGAGCAAUACGUUAGCUAUUGACAACCAUGUUACUGUAGAACUUUCCAAUCCCUUGAAUAAAUCUAGUUCCUCUAUCUUUCCAUUAGACCCUGGUACGGAAAAUCUAUUAGAAAUGGGUGCAUGUGCAAAUGAAGGUAACAGAAUGGAUGAAAUUCACAACAAAAGUGCCAUUGAAACUACGCAAGAGUAUCCCUUGGCAUCACCUCACACCUCCUAUGAAGAUGGUUAUGGUGAAGGAGGGCAGUGUAGUAAAAUUACUGAUGGUUCUAUUAAGUUUGGUGUUGGGUCGCUUCUAGAGGGGUCUUCAAAUAUGAUAACAAAUUUUGAUGAGCCAACAAAUGAUGACGUGAUGGUCGAGUUGAAGCCAAUAGAUUUUGUCCCUGAUUGUCAAGGCUUUGCUAAAUCUCGUGCAGGAAUAAAUAAAAGAAAAAGAAAGUCGCCUCAUCAACCUUUCUUGUUUCCAUUCAAGCGUUAUAUGAAAUCCAAGCCUUCCAAGAAGAAGCCCCGAAAGUAAAGACCAAGCUAGUAUGUCAGAUUAUCUCAUAGAUUUACUUAUUUUUUUGUAUCAGAAUUCAGAUAUAGUAGGGAAUGCUCUGUUUCUCAAGGUUUAUUGGAAACUGCUGAGGCAUGGAAUUAUUGUAUUUUGUGUUGAGUCAUGUUGGGAGAUGUUGCUUUCCCUAUAGGGAAAAGUGUAUUUCUUUAAUUUUGCAACGUUCCUAUUAAUGUGCUAAUGCCCCUCCCCCCACCAAACGAAAGCAGUGAUUAAGGCUUGUAUUGCUACUUCAACCUAUUUUUCUGACUUUUAUAUAGUAGUGAUAGUACCUGUGAGUG